GUUGUUUCUCUCUCGAGACGCUCUGCGAAAGCUUCUUCGAUUGUAAUCAAAGGUUUUAUAAUGGAGAAAUCUCGAGAAAGUGGUUUCUUGUUCUGUAACUGGUGUGGGACGAUGCUUGUCUUGAAAUCAACUAAGUAUGCAGAGUGUCCAUUAUGCAAAACAACGAGAAAUGCAAAAGAGAUCAUCAACAAGGAAAUAGCUUACACAGUUACUGCUGAGGAUAUCAGAAGAGAAUUAGGAAUAUCAUUGUUUGGUGAAAAGACUCAGGAAGAGGCUGAGCUACCAAAGAUCAAAAAGGCGUGCGAGAAAUGCCAGCACCCGGAGCUUGUAUACACGACCAGACAGACGAGAUCAGCGGACGAAGGACAGACAACAUAUUACACAUGCCCCAAUUGUGCUCAUAGAUUCACAGAAGGCGCUAGCUGCUUAAUGUCACUCUUCCACGGCACUCCCGCCGUUAUAAUGGCUUCUCACGCGCUACUUACAACCCAACGCGCCUCCGUACACUCCUUCGCUUCUCCCAACACCGCCGCGGAAUCAACCGUACUUGAUUUCAGCAUGGCUUAUUUCACCGUUGAUCUCCUCCAUUACCUAAUCUUCCUCCCUAACGACUUCAUCUUCAUCCUCCACCACAUUGCGACGUUAUACGUUUUCGCUACGUGUCGAUUCGCCGUCGGGAACGGAGCUCACGCGCUUCUCCUUCUCUUGAUCCUCGCGGAGGCGACGAGCGCGUGUCAGAACGUGUGGACGAUCGCCGGGUAUAGAAAAAACGACGUCGUUUUAGCGAGGAAAGUGAGAGAGCUUUUGUCUCCGCCGUUUUACUUGUUUUACACUGUGGUUCGUGGUUUGGCUGGUCCGGUGGCUUUGUACGAUAUGGCUGCGUUUUACGGUAGUGGUGCGGCGGAAGGAGCGGUUCCACCGUGGGCUUGGUUAUCGUGGCUUGUUGUGAUUGGUUCUGCUAUUUUGGUUAGUGUCUUGUGGGUUUUACGUAAUUGGGUUGAUUGGUUUAGAGAGAAAAACAAAUAUAAGUGAAUAGAUUAAAGUUUUUCCUUUUCU